AUGGCAGGGUCUGGAGGUGGUGAGAUAAGAGCGUCGAUCUUCAACGGCGAGAAUUAUGAAUUCUGGAGCAUAAGGAUGAAGACUAUAUUCAAAUCUUAUGGGUUAUGGGAGUUUGUUGAAAAAGGAGUAGAGUGCUCAUAUUCGAAUGGAGCUGAUGAAUCUGAUGAAAAGAAGAAGGAGAAUGAGGGAUCGAGUGAUGCUGCAUCUCUCUCGGAGAAGCUCAUGAAAGAUGCCAAGGCGUUGGGGCUGAUUCAAGGAGCAGUUUCUGAUGAGAUUUUCCCUUGGAUCUCUCACGAAGAAACCUCUAAGGGAGCUUGGGAUAUCUUGAUGCAAGAAUUCCAUAGUGUCAAACAGAGAUUGGAGAGACAUAAUGAGAAUAAGAUUGAGAGAGCAUUUACAAGUCUUAGUGUGAAUCCCAAACCUAUCAAUGCUUCUGGGAAUCAAGGGAAUCAAUACCAGAAGAAUUGGAAGCCAAAGUUUAAAAAGUGGGAUCAAAAGCCUAUUUACCAAUCUGGGAAGCAAAUUGCAGCUGUAGAAGGUGGCAAAAACCCUUGCAGGCACUGUGAUAAGUAUCAUCAUGGAGAAUGUUUUCUUAAAGGCAAACCUAAGUGUCAUUGUUGUGGAAAAAUAGGGCAUAUUGCAAAGGACUGCAACAACAAGAAAAAUGUUCAGCAGCUGAAUUAUGCAACUCAGGUUCUUCCUACACCAACCAUGUUCUAUCUUAAUAAUGCAGUUGAUAAGAAGUCCAUGGAAGAUGUAUGGUAUGUGGACAGUGGUUGUAGUAAUCAUAUGACUGGCAGAGAGGAUAUGCUAGUUGAUAUUGAUAGAAGCAUAACUGCAAAAGUAGAAAUGGGGCAUGACAAUUGGUUGAUGUUAUUGGAAAAUGAAGUUUGGUGGUUGACACUAAGAUAG